UAUAUGGCUAUAUCGGAUAAAAGGCAAAGGAUCAUGCCUACGGACCAAGACCGCUACAGUGGUAAAACCCUAGACUACCAAGAAGCAGUUCUGUUAACGAAUCCGGAAAAUCCAGACCUCAAAGGGGAGGUGGAUGACAAGUACCAGUACUCAAGUAAUAACAAAGACAACCGGGUUCAUGGGUGGAUCAGCUCCAACCCAGCCGUAGGAUUCUGGGUGAUCACACCUAGUGAUGAGUUUCGCGCAGGUGGGCCUCUCAAGCAAGAGCUCACCUCCCACGUUGGCCCAACAACUUUAGCAAUGUUUUUCAGUGCCCAUUACGCAGGAGAGCCUUUAACAUUAAAACUCCGAAAUGGAGAGCCAUGGAAAAAGGUCUACGGCCCUGUUUUUAUCUAUCUAAACUCUGUUUCAAACGAUGACCGCCACCAGCAAAACCUUUGGGAAGAUGCUAAAUCACAGAUGCAUACAGAAAUGAAUAACUGGCCAUAUAAUUUCCCGCUCUCGGAAGACUUCCCUCAUGCCGAUCAACGGGGCACAGUUCAUGGACGAUUACUAGUCCGCGACAAGUACAAGGACAGUAAACUUAUGCCAGCAAGCGCAGCUUACAUAGGGUUUGCGCCACCAGGAGAUGCAGGAUCAUGGCAAGAAGAAAACAAGGGUUAUCAGUUUUGGACUCGAGCUGAUGCAGAGGGUAAAUUCUCUAUUAAAGGCGUCCGAGCCGGGAAAUAUAGCUUGUAUGCAUGGGUACCUGGUGUUAUUGGGGACUACAUGUACAAUGUUCAAGUUACUGUGACACCAGGAUCUGAAAUCAAAUUGGGUGACCUCAUAUAUUAUCCUCUAAGAAGUGGUCCUACCCUCUGGAAAAUAGGCUUCCCUGACCGGACCGCGGCUGAGUUCUACGUGCCUGACCCAGCUUCAACCCUCAUGAACCGGCUUUACAACAACCAUACUGACAAGUUUAGGCAAUAUGGGUUAUGGGAUCGGUAUACAGAUCUGUAUCCUAACAAUGAUCUCAUCUACACUGUUGGCGUUAGUGAUUACAAAAAAGAUUGGUUUUUUGCUCAUGUUAACAGGAACUUGGGAAAUAAAACUUAUGUAUCAACCACAUGGCAAAUUGUAUUCGAUCUAAAAAAUGUGAAUCCAAUGGGAACUUAUACACUCCGAUUGGCGUUGGCAUCGGCCACUAUGGCUGAACUGCAAGUUCGGCUCAACAACCCAAAAGUGACGCGACCUGACUUUACGACAGGGCUUAUAGGGAGAGAAAAUGCCAUUGCAAGACAUGGGAUUCAUGGGUUGUACAGGUUGUAUAAUGUUGAUAUCUCUGGCUCGAAGCUUUCCAAUGGAAGGAACAUAAUCUUUCUAACACAGUCGAGAGGUUCAGGCCCUUUCAUGGGAGUCAUGUAUGACUACAUUCGAUUAGAAGGCCCCCCAGAGAACUAUUGAGGAAGGGGCUACUGUAUGCAUAUAUAAUUCAUUUUUUUUAUACACCAAGAAGAUAGAAGAUUUAUUUUAGAUUCAUUGUUUGACACAAACAGUGUCUUGAUAAGUGAAUUAAUUGCAGUUUGGUUAGGUAAGGUAAGGUAUAUAGUUCCAUUCAUUUAUACAGUUUGUAUAUGAAUUGGUUUAUAAGCUGAAGCUGUUCUUCUUUAGUUUCAUUUUCAACCAUUUGUUUGGUUAGUGUAAUUUAAUUUUUUUUAUUUAUAAAAUAACAAGAGAA